AUGGGAAGUUCAUGUAGUGAUAAAAUUGAUCUAGUCCAGAACCUAUUAGGGAGUGAGUUCGACGAGCUUGAGAAUCAUAAGCAGGAACUGCGAAAAAUUAUACAUGCAUGGUGUAAUAUACCUAAAAGUAGUUUUAAGGAAGGUAGGGAUACUCUCCAUUGCCAAUAUUUCUAUUAUUGGCUGGGAGGCACCAUAUCCAGAAUAUUGGAGGAAUCUUCUUCAUUUCCAGGAGUUAUUAGUAAAAUUUAUGAAAUUUUGCCAACAAUAGUUCAUGGGGAGUGGUGCAGAAAUUUAUGCCCUGGCAUAAGAAAAGAAGAAUUCGGAAAGUUGAAAAAUGUAUACGAUUACUACCAAGAUUACAGCCAAAUAAAGAGUAAGGUAAGUAAAAUUAAAGAUGAAUGCAACGGAGGGUGCAGGAAAUACUUAGAGGGAAUUAAAGAUGACUACGUGGAUAUGAGAAGCAGUUGUUUGGUUGAGAUGGAGAAGAAGCCACCAUACUGCUCUGUAUUUGGAGGAAUGUUCGGUAGAAACAGUAGUGCGGAUCCUAAGGAACCGUUAAAGCUAUUAUCCAAAUUAGGGACACAGGCAGAAUGCCCUAUCAGUACCGAGGGUCAGGAGGUUGCUCAGCCGAACGCAGUCAAUACAAAUGAUUACACCUCCUUAUCGACACAGGAGUCUUCGCCACAAGCUGUAGGACAGGAAGGAAAGGGAGGAACACUACCAUCCUACGCUGAUAAUAUUUUCUUCAUUUUAUUUUACACAUUUGAUGCUAAUUCUUCUUUAGGGUCAAGAGGGGAAACUGGUCCAUCCGGUCCAGCAGGUGCACAGGGUCCAUCCGGUGCACCAAGUCUACCAGAUCAACCAAGUAAUGGAGCACAUAACAAAUACUACAUUAUAAUCCAGAAGUAUUAUUACUGGAAUACACAUGCAGGGGACAGCAGCACCCUCCUGGUAAAGGUCCUAAGGAAGGAGAUGCCGUUACUCUUUCUCCUGCUGUCCCUGAGGACCAUGGUACUCCAGGGAAAGCUGGUUCUGCUUCACAAGUACCCACGGAAACAAAGAAAGUUGAAAAAGCUGAAGAAAAUGGAGUUACUCUCCCCAGGGGUGGUGUCCCAGGUGGUCUUGCUGAAGCAGCAGUUGCAGCGAAGCAUCCAGGAGCUGUUUCUGAUGCUGCAAAUAAGAACGCUGUAG